UCAUGCUGCUGCCAGGUCCACAGUGUCUCAUGGGUCCCUGUACGGCCUCCCAUUGCUGCUGUCUCCAUCGCCACACUCUGCCAUGUGCCACUUUCAGGUCUCCUCACACUGCUGCUGGGUUCCAUUUUGUCAUAGGGUGCUGGCAGAUUACGGGCCUCCCAUUGCUGCUGCCAGGCCCCUAAUCUGCCAUGGGCCCCUGUACCGCCCUCCUCAUGCUGCUGCCAGGUCCACAGUGUCUCAUGGGUCCCUGUACGGCCUCCCAUUGCUGCUGUCUCCAUCGCCACACUCUGCCAUGUGCCACUUUCAGGUCUCCUCACACUGCUGCUGGGUUCCAUUUUGU